ACCCUCAGAGAAGGUCAACGACAGUAUCGUCAUAUUGGGUUAGGAUGCGGCAGUGCGGAUGAAAAUAUUCACAUAAAGUUCAUUCAAGCUAUAAAGGGUUUUAAAAAAAAUGUAACCAGCUUGGGUGUCCGCGGGGAAGUUGAACUCUCGCAAAUCCAGUGCAUCUUACUCGAGGUUCCAAAUCUGCAGGCGCUUUCGUUAAAAGGACUGUUUCCCAUACGGAGCCGUAGAUUUGAUGGUGUUAUGAUGCUGCCAGUGUUCCACCAGCUGUAUGAUCUUAUAAUGUGGCAUUAUUCGUCAUUGCUCGAGGAAACGUUUGAUAUCUGCAGCAUCGCUCCUAAUCUUCAGAGAAUCAGUAUGGACUGUCAUACAGAAAACGCUCUUAAAGUGUUCAAACACUUUAGUCAUCAACUGAAAUCGGUUAAAGCAUCCUUUAAACAAGUUGACUUAGUUGCUUCGUUUUGUAAGAUGAGUUUUCCGGAGCUACUAGAAAUCGAGGUUGCUUUCUGUUACUCGGACGAGUUCAUUGUCUCGAGCUCGAAUUGCGCAUUCAUUGCUGGAUCAAAACGUCUUCAACGUGCUACGAUAAAAUAUGCUAAAGCUGAACUGUUCGUGAACAUUUUGGUGGAACAUUGUCGGGACAUUACAUUUCUUCAUAUCUGUUCGGACGAGCUAGAAAAUCAAUGUUUAAAUGGAUUAGCAAACCUUACCAAGUUGACAAUCCUUGAAUUGGAGGGGGAGCUAGAAUGUAACGUAUUUGAAGAAUGCCAACCAAUUUCCUCUUUACAAGAACUUCAUUUCGUAUGGACAUUUGAAGCAAUAGAUGUUGAGGAAUACUGUGUGGGAUAUAAUAUUUUGGAGUUCCUCAAAGGAUUACCUACGGUGAUGCCAAACCUGAGCAAACUAUGUAUAUCGGAGUGUUUAAAUGAUGCCUGGCUUCAAUUUAUCUUCAAUAACAUGUUAUCCCUCAAAUGUCUGGAGCUAAACGGUGGUUGGAUUUCUGGGGGCGGCGUACAUUUGGAUACUUUGCCUCAUCUAAUUGAGUUGAGGUUGAAUAAAGUGUCUAAUUGUGAUCGUUUUUUUCAAAGUUUUCCAUCUACCAAAGUUAGAACACUCUCGAUCUUCUUCUGUCAUCUGGAUGAGGAUGCCCUCUUGUCAAUUCCAGCGUUCUUUCCGUCACUCCGAAUGCUUCACUUGGUGUGUCGCAAUGCUCGAUCAUCGGAGUGGAUUGAAAAACUACGCUCCCUAAUGCCAUUGUGCACAGUAAUUGUAGGCAACGAAACCUCAAAACUUGUUCGUCAUUAUUAUUAGGUAGUUAGUAUCGAAUUGAAAAUACUCGACAAUUAUCUGUAUUUUUAUGUUGAAUUAUUCCCGGUUGACGACAAAUGUCAGUUCAUCCUGGUUUUGGGUCCCCGCAUCCAAAAAUCCGUACUUCUCCCCCCCUCAACUCUAUGAUUAGAAAUGAGAAUGUGUGCGUUGGUCGUUUUCUUAGGGAGAGAGAGGGUGCGAAUGCUUCCUAUUCAUAUUCUAUCCUUUGCAACCAUGCAACGCCAAACUAACCCCAAUAUGCUUACUGUGUCGUUACUCGCGUAUACGAACGUACUUACGUACGAAACCUAUUUGAGAUAUGUGAGUGUGUUCCUUGUUGGAGCAACUACAGCAUCAUGUAUUUGCGCAGUCUGGUCUUAGCAAUUUCAGAGUGCAGGCGCAAGUGCAUUGAGCAGCAAGUGUUAUGAUUGUGCCAUUAAAACUGUUGAGGAAUGAAAAGCAAAGCUAAAGAAUGCGUCGAAUGAUGCAUGAUCUGGAUCGCAUAUGCUAAUAAGUUAAUUAGGUUAGGUUAGGUUAGGUUAAUUAACCCUUCUUUUUCGAAAGGUUGACUAUAUAUGUAUGUGUACACAAUUUGCAUCUAUGAAACCCAAAACAAACCAGCUUUCAAUCUGACAGAGCGAUAAUGAAGUUUAAGGAUAUCAUAUUCGAGUUUAAAGAAUCAUUAAUGAAGGUGACAAACGCGAUGAAGGAUUGCAAGAUGUCAUAUUCCGGUUUCAAGGUGCGAUAACGAAGUUCACAAAGGCGAUCAACGCGUUUCAGCUUACGCUAUCCAUCGUAAAAGGCUGUAUCGCUCUGAUAAGAACGAUGCAAAGCACAUUCUGAGUUGCGUAUACGAUAGGGUACACAAUGUCAAUCUAUUUUGGUGCAUUGGUUCAGAACCAAAUUGGAUCAACAGACGAGGUGGGUUAAUCCCGUACAAAUCACCUUGAUUUCAUGGUUGAGGAUGAUGUAAAGAUGAUGAACAUUGUAAAUCACAAAGAUAACUGCUAUUGCAGAAAAUAUUACAUGUACAAAUUCAC